GGGCCCGGCUGGCUACCCAGAGUGCAGCAGGCAGGCAGGCGGCGGCGGCGGCGGCGGGCGGCCGGCUCCCAGCUGCCGGCGCUCCCGGUCCCGUCCCGUCCCUGCGGCGCAGCGGGAGCCGGGCCCAGGCGGCGGCGCGGCCCAGAAUGAGAGUGUGAGUGCGAUGCUUCCCUCGGCAGCGGCGCCCCGGGCCCAGGCGGCGGCGGCCCCCGCGUGGAUGCGGCUCUGGAGCCGGCGCUUCGCCCUGCACAAACAUUUCUAUAGGACUCAUUCGCCCUGCUGAGGAGAUCGGCCCGGCCCGGCCGCCCGUCCCCUAACUCCGCACCGCGGAGCGGCUCGCUCAGAGACUGCCGGCCCCGCGCCCGGCCCGGCCCGGCGGGCAUGGAGGCCCCCGGCGGCGCCUCGCCGCUCAGCCCCGCGUUGGUGGGCCGCCUCCGCCAGGAGCACGAGAAGGUGGUCACUACCUGCCAAGAGAAAAUCCAGCACUGGAAGAAGGUGGAGAGUGAUUAUGAAGUUCUUCAGGAACGACUCCGUACGUUGCCUGAUAAACUGUCCUAUGAUAUCAUGGUACCUUUUGGUCCUCUUGCCUUCAUGCCAGGAAAACUUGUCAACACCAAUGAGGUUACUGUUCUGCUUGGUGACAACUGGUUUUCAAAAUGCUCAGCGAAGCAGGCUGUUGAGCUGGUCGAGCACAGAAAAAAAUAUGUAAGGAAAGCCGUGGAUGAUUUGCAAAAAGUCAUGAAGAAUUUUGAAUCACGAGUUGAAUUCACAGAAGAUUUGCAGAAAAUGAGCGAUGCUGCAGGUGAUUUUGUUGACAUAAGAGAAGAAAUUAAAGACGAUAGCAUUGAAACAAAAGGCAAAUACAGAACAGCUCACAAACCUCAUUCAAAACCCAAAGUAUCAGAUGCUUUUGAGGUAGAUUUUCUGGCGAAUGGAAGGGACACGAAAUCAGUGGGCCGCUUUCAAUCGGAGGAGGAGCUGUGGGCCCGCUUGGAAGAGCUUGAGAGACAAGAGGAGAUACUUGGUGAACUUGACAGGAUGCCUGAUACAGUUGAGACAAAUGGAGAAGAUACAACCUCCUCAGAAGAGGAAAAGGAGGAUAAGAGAAUGGAUCUCAAUGGAACAUACAGAGUAGAAGACUGUAUUACUCAGGGCAACUUCCAGAAAGAAGUAACGAAUUCAGACUUGUUUGUUCGCCAUGUAAAUGGCUCUACGUAUUACCACAGUGACGAUGAAGAUGACACAGAUGUUGGAGAUAGCUCCGUUCCAACUAUUUUUUUCUCUCAUACUGUUGAACCUAAAAGGGUAAGAAUAAACACAGGAAAAAAUACUACUUUGAAAUUCAGUGAAAAGAAAGAAGAGGCCAAGCGUAAAAGGAAGAACAGCAAUGGCAACGGCCAUGGCCAUGCAACUCCAGAACUGCCUAACAUCAAAACGCCAGCAGACAUUUACCGAGUCUUUGUUGAUGUUGUGAAUGGAGAAUAUGUCCCUCGUAAAUCAAUUUUGAAGUCUCGAAGCAGAGAGAAUAGUGUUUGUAGCGAUACCAGUGAGAACAGUGCUGCUGAGUUUGAUGACAGACGAGGAGUUCAGAGGAGUAUUAGCUGUGAUGAAGCUACUCAGAGUGACAACAGCGAAGGCAUACUGGAGGAAGAGGAGGAGGUGGGGCAGCAGCAGCUACCAAAAAAGCUUCCUGCCUCUUCAGGGACAACUGAGGCAUUUUCUGGAACCGUCAUAGAAAAGGAGCCUUUGUCUCCCUCCCUGAUACCACACCCAGUCAUUGCUCACCCUGUCCUGCCUACCAUUCUGGAGCAGAAAUCGGAGGAAGUUUUGUCCAAAGCAUCAGAAGAAACCACAAAGAGGAUAUCAAAAUUCAAAGCUGCCAGAAUGCAGCAGACUAACUAGGCCUUGCCUAGAUGCCCGAGUUUGAGUACUGAUGUCUAGUUUCACAUUUGUUGAGAUGAUGUAAAGCUAUAUGCGUUACACCUAGCUAGUUAAAACGGUCUCCUGUGUUGAUUUGGCAUUGUUUAUCUUUCAAACUUCUGUUGGCAACGUUUGAAAACAGUUUGGUGUUUGAACAGUUAAAUAUUCAUCUUUUUUUUGUUGAUUUCCCUGUAUGCUGUCAGCACCUUUGUGUAUGUUUGCCUUAUGAUAGCAGCACUCGGGUUAUUUUUCAAAAAAUGUUCUUUACAUACAUUGUUUUUGUGUUUAAACCUAAAUACAGGCAGUUCUGUGCCAGCUGUGAUGUUCUGCAUACCAUAUGGACUGUUUUAAGGAAACUUUCACAUUUCAAAUAGAUUCAACAAUUAUAUUGCAUUACUUGCUUUAGCAUUCUAAGACACACUUGUAUUCCCAUUGCUGUAGGUUUUGCAACUAGGUGUCUGCUAAAAGUCUUUUUUUUUUUUUCCUUCUAUCAAACCUCUCUGAUAUCUCCCUGUACAGAUCUAUAAAACACUGGGUUCACAUACAUUGCAGGGAAGUUUCUUUGAUGGAAAAGGGUAUUUUGUAAAAUUAAAUUUUCAGUAAAAAAGCUGUGGAAGUUGUGCGUUUUCUGUUCUACUGUAAUUUGGAAAACAGCACAGGAGGGUUUUUGUUUUGAGUGCGCGUUUCCAACUUGGAGUGUCUGCAACCACAUGGAUAUAAAAGCAGCCCGUUCUCUUCUGCCAUUGUUUUUUAACCUCCCGUUAAUGAAUGUCCAUAGAAACUGAAUGCUCUUAAGGAGAGAAGCAUAAACUCAGACUAUGAUUACAAAACCUCCCAGUUCUUUUAUAUAUGCAGAAAACAUUGUAAUUGUUUUGGGAAUGGCCAGAGGCAGUCAGCACUAAGGAAGAAUGUCUCAGUCCUUCAGCUUCUUUUCAGAAUGUAGUUGUGCCACACCACUUGGGGUACGGUUUUGUGCCUGGUUUUCUGGACUGUGAGCGGUCCUUCCUGCCAUCCCUCCCUUGUGCUGACAUAACUUUUGUUGGGGCCACUCCUUGAAUGAUAGAUAAUAUGAGCUGGGUUUCAGAAACAAAUUACUGGUUUUCUUGUUUGUUGUUGUUUUCAAUGGUUGUGCGUGUUUGUUUGAAGCUAGUGAGUUGCCUGAUCUUUCACAGCAUGUUUGUGUCAGCACAGUGAUGGGUGCAGUGCAUUGAGCAAGGACAAGAUGUGUGGAGAGAUGGAGAAACUUCCAGUGAUGCUGUGAGCUGACAUUAUUAAACCAGUGUCUGAAAGUGAGGCAGAAAGACAUACAAGGUGUAAGAAAGAAUUUGCUCUUGCUACAGCUCUGUGACUUCGGGAACGUGCAGCCUUGGAACCCCCGGUGUCUGCUUCACACACUGUGAGCAGGAUAUCUCCUAAUGCUGCUCCUCAGUUCCCCUAUAAUAACCAAGCCUUGUGCUUAUGGUCUCCUGCUCGGCAGCAGUGACGACAGCAAGGCACAGCUUCCAUCUCUUACCCACUGAAAGCAAGAGGCUGCAUGGCCAUGGGGUGCAGGAGCGCCUUGCACUGACUGCAGGAGGCACCCGGGGUCGGUGCCCAGCUCCUGUGGCCUGCUGGUAGGAGUUGGGGGGGCACGGUUUUAGGCAGCCUCUAGAAUCCUGUUGAAAGUGUUAAUGAUUAACUUGAUUCAUGCUCAAAUGUGGAUUUUUUUUUUUUUUUAAAGCAUAUUGCAUUAGUACUAAAAUAAGCCAUCAAUGCCAGUCCACCCUCUAUUCACGGCUAAAUAUUUAAAGGAGGUUAUUUAUAGCUUCUUUAAUGAAUUCUUGGCUAAACAAAAUGAAAUUAUGUCCUAGAAAAGUAGAAGCUAUUUUGUAACCAGAACAGUGCAACUGUAAAAUAUAGUGCCAUGAAUAUGUAUUUUAAAUAACAAGGGCUUGAGAUCCAAGACUACCAGACAUGGGUAAUUAGAGGGAAAAGGAGAGAAAGAAAGGGAGAGAGAGGGGGGGAAAAAAACCUUUAAAAAGAUUUAUUUAGAUAUCUUCUGAAAUACUUCCCGCUUCUGGUUACUUGAACAAAACCAAAUGCCCCUUGUCACUAUAGAUCAGUUUCAAAUCAAAAUUAAUUCUUUGCUUGUUUUCUUCUUCUUCUUUCCCCUCCCCUUUUUCACAUCCCCGCUCACGGGAAAAAGUAGAAUAAUUGCACCUUGGGUUUUAAUGAAUUAUGGCCUCGGUUCAGGGAAGCAUCCUUACUCAGGAAUGCACUUUGGCAUGUGUUCAUGUCUCAAAGAUUUUGCAGAGAAGAAUGGAUUUAACCACAUGCUUAAAACUGAGCACAUGAGUGUUUUCCCUAAUAGGGAGCCUGGAUGCGUCUGUGCCCUUUUUGCAGUAUGUCUAAUUGUCAGAGGGUUUGCGGACUGGAAUAAUCCUUCCUAUUCAGUCUCUUCACUUGGACCUUACCAUUAGAUUCGCCGCGUGUCACCUCUAAGAAGAAGAAAUAGAAUCAUGGAAUCAUUAAGGUUGGAAAAGACCUCUAAGGUCAUUUUGUCCAACCAUCCACCCACCACCACGACUGUCCUCUAAACCGUGUCCCCAAGUACCACAUCUAUGCAUUCCUGGAGCCUCCAGGGAUGCUGACUCCACCACCUCCCAGGGCAGCCUGUGCCAAUCCUUGCCAUUCUUUCAGAGAAGACGUUUUUCCUACUACAUAAAUCUUAGGAAUAUAUGAAUAGCUUUAGGAUUUCUGUAGAAUGUUUGCAAAUGCUCAACAACAACAACAAAAAAAAUGUGACGUGGGUAAAAAUCUCCCAAAGCAGGAGAGCAAGGAUAAAAAAUGAGAAGGCCCAUCUUGGCGAGGACUGAAAAUUGGCUUUUUGUGCCACACAGAAGCCAACAAGUCAACGCGGGUGGCCACCAACGCAUGGAGGACAUGAGCUGUCUUAAACUCACUGCCAAGAAUCUGAGGCACGUACGGUUCUUGGUAGUAAAUGAAUGUCAGCAGGAGCGUCUUUUCCCCCCAGUGCUAGAGUUAAGAGAUUUUUCUCACUCUAAUAGUAAUAACUGUACAGUCGAAUUGAUUCCUGGAUGGCUUUUCCAGCUGCAGGAAGGGCUCCUUGUGCUGUGUGCGGUGCUGCCCAUGCUCCCCAGCAUGGGGCAGGGAAGGGUUUGGGGUCCUCCUGCUGCAAGUGUGAGGAUCCUCCAGUGGAGCAGCAUGAGGGACAGGGCUGGGGCUGUGGGGUUUGGGCUGGGGCAGCUGUGCUUGCAUGCACCGCCCCAUCCCCAACUGAUUGCAUCAGUUAAGCACCGCAAAUCACCUGCUCUGUUUUCAGCCUCAUUAAAAGGCAAACUGGUCGCCCAAUCUUUGUAAUUGGCUGCAAGUAAGCUGGGCACCUGUUUGUAUGCAGUAAAGGGCUCACAUGGGGAGGUUCUCCUGAAGCAGAGGCUGGAGAAGGUGUGGGGCAGCGGAGCCAUAUAGUGCCAGCACAGAGGUAAGCUGGCUUUGUGUGCCUCUCUCCUGUAAGACUAGUUGCACUUAGCGCCUUUCAUUGCUCACUUAGAGCAUCUAAAGCAGCAGAUUUUUGUAUGUUUCAAGAGUGUCUGAAACAGCUGUUUUAGCUGUUCAUUUUAACAAAGUGAUUUAUGUUGCAAAAAAUGAGCUGGGAUUAAAAGAAAUCAGAUGUGUGUA